UCACAUGGAAUCAGACAGAGCUCCACGCUCCCUGCACUGGAACAAGAGAAUGUAACAGACCGAACAGUCCAGUAAACUAAUCUACUGCACAGUUACCCAGCACAAACUCAGACUGAAUAUUGUGCGAACAAGAAAGUCACUCAAGGUUGAGUCUAGACUGGAAUCCAUUCUGACCAGUGAUGAUGCGCGAUCGAGUGUAAUAUUUUAGGUUGAGCGACUUUGGUUUAUGGGCUUCUGCAAAUUUGUUUUGCCUUUGUUUAGAGUGAUGCUAGUAAAAGGAGGUUAUCAAUAAUACUGAUGUGAAUGUUGGAGAGAUUAUUGAAAGUAUUUGCCAUGCUUAAAAGGUUGUCUAGUGGUUUGAAGCUGGCCUCACUUUCCUCUUAGUCAUUCAUUCUAAUUUGUUUGCUGCAAAGAACAUUGAUUUAAAGUUGGAAACCAAGAGAUAUUUAAGAUAUUUAAGAUGGAGAAUAAGGAGUCGAUGGGUGCGGAGAGGGGGAGAAUGGGAAGGGUGAUUACAGUCUGGGAGAGUGUAGAGCAAGUAUCUGUGGGGAGGGAGAAUGCUCAAAGGGGGUCUGCGGCGGUGAUGAGUACAGAAAGAGGCAGAGUAAUCCCCUCCGACCCCUGUAGCAUUGGGACUUGGGAGCAAUUCCCUAGCAUAGGUGAACCCUCACAGUCCUAUGAUCUGGCCAAGGCUGGACCACACUCCCCAGUUGACCAGCUCCAUUGCCUGGAAGCUAGGCCAGCUGCAGGUAUCUGGUACUGUGGUGGAGGAGUCUGUGGAGAUAAAGGUCAGCCUCUUGCAGUCUCUGAGCUGUCAACACAGGCUGAUCCCAUGGGAGUGCUCACGUGCCAGUUUCUGGGGAAUAAUCAUGCCAUUACUGAAAGAGCAGACUGUUUGAAGAGUGAAUGGGCUCCUAAUCCACUCCAAGACCCCAUUCCUCUGAGAUCAGAAGCUAAGACCCAGAGAAUAUUCUGCAAGCAGCCGGGUAGUAACUUGUGUUUCCACAGCACCUUCUUGAGACAAUGGUUACCAGUCAGACACUCUGGGUCAGAGCCGGGGAGGCAUUUCCCCCCUUGUUCCUCUGCCUGCGACCUGAACAAUAGUGUUGACCCCAGCCUAAAACAGCAAAAGGCUGACACUGUGGAUGGCCAAAUCAUUAGCCUGCUCCAGCGGAUAAGUGUGGAGGACUCAGCGCCGCCUUUCAAUAUAGAGAUGGAAGCAGAGGAGGUGAGACUGAGAACCUACCAGAACUGGCCGGCUGAUAUCCCGAUCCAACCACAGCAACUGGCCCAUGCUGGCUUCUUCUACACUGGUCACCGUGACAAUGUGAAAUGUUUUCACUGCGAUGGAGAACUCCGAAACUGGGAGCUGGGAGAUAAUCCAUGGAUGGAGCAUGCAAAAUGGUUUCCACGCUGCGAAUACUUAAUCCAGAUGAAAGGGAGAGAUUAUGUGAACAGGAUUCAGGAACUACAUUCCCACAUCACCGAGUCAGCGUUUCAGGUCAGAUCGCAGCCACAAACAUCCACUGGACAAGAUGUAACUGGAUGUGCAGCACCGUCUCCUCUCAUGCAAUCUGCUGUAGUUAAGUAUGUGCUGCAGAUGGGAUUUGAUCGCAGCUUGAUCGAGAGAUUGGUCUGUAGCAAGUACCUGGUGUCUGGGAGCCAGUACAGCUCAGUCAGUGACCUUCUGUCUGAUCUCCUGGCAGCUGAGGAGGGAGGGAGAGAAAGGAGACACCAAAACACAGGGACUGACCAGAGGCAAUGGGAAGCAGGACCUGCCCUCACUGAGAGGAGGGGGACAACAACGCAGAGAAGGGACUUGAGUGCAGAAGAACAACUGCGUCAACUCAAGAACGAACGAACCUGCAAAGUGUGUUUGGAUAAAGAGGUCUCCAUUGUCUUUAUUCCUUGCGGACACUUGGUGGUGUGCAGCGACUGUGCUCCGAGUCUCCGGAUGUGUCCUAUAUGCCGAGCUGUCAUCAGGGGCAGUGUACGAGCCUUCAUGUCCUAAUGUCAGCAGCUUUCACUAGUGAAGAUCUGAAUCCCUCCCUGAGGAUCUGACUACAAUCUCACAGCAGACAGAUGAGGAUUUUUAACUUUGAGUGAAGAGAGCUGACCCAUGCAAUCAUGAAUGUAAACUAUGACCUUGGAGACUGACAUUUGUCAAUGACAGCGGUCGGUAGACUUGAGGAGUGGGGUGUGUGGAGGCGGGUUGUCAAAUGAAGUCUCUAAUCAGCUGACAGCACUCCCCGCAACUGUGCCAAACCCCUGUCUUGCCUGCAUUGUCACUUUGCUGUUAACUGCGAGACAAAAAGAUUAUGAAGUGUAGCAAAAUAAUGUGCAUUGGUAAUUAAAUGACGAUCACAACUGCA